GUUUUGACGUUCAGUUGGCGCUUAGAAAGAAAUACAAGAAGAAGAAGAAGAAGAAGAAGAAGCAAGCAGAAGGUGGCAAAAGUGGUUCAGAGAUGCAGUCUGGUUCAGGUUCUCCGGGAUCUGGGAAGAAGUCAGUCAGAAGAUCCCCCCGUCUGUCUCCUCAGUGCACCAGCAGCAGCAGUAAAGAAAAGGAGGAGGGGAAAGGAGGAAGCAGUCUGCAGGAGGCGAAGAGGAGAGGAAAGAUGGAGAGGAGCAGAGAUGAAGACGAGGAGGAGCUGAACGACAAACUGCAGACACUGGAUCUGUCCAGCCAAUCAGCAGCCAGAGGAACAGGUCUGGUUUACUCUGAGAUCUUCACUCAUCAUAAGAACCUGUGGGACUCCAGUCAUCCAGAAUGUCCCGACAGAGUGACGUCCAUCAUGGAGGAGCUGCAGAGACAGGAGCUGCUGUCUCACUGCGUCACGGUGGAGCCCAGAGAAGCUGCAGAAGAAGAGCUGCUGCUCUCUCACACGAAACAAUAUGUGGAUUUGAUGAGGUCGACGCAGACGAUGACAGAAAGUGAACUUCAAACUCUGUCAGAGAAAUACGACUCGGUGUACAUUCAUCCUGAGUCUUUCCAGGUGUGUGUGAAGGGGGUGGGUUCAGUCCUGCAGCUGGUCGAUCAGGUGAUGACCUCUGAACUCAGGAACGGAUUUGCCGUCGUCAGACCUCCAGGUCACCACGCUCAGUCUGACAUGUCCAACGGUUUCUGCAUCUUCAACAACGUGGCGAUCGCAGCACGAUACGCUCAGACCAGACACUCAGUCCGCAGGGUGUUGAUAGUGGACUGGGAUGUUCAUCACGGUCAGGGUAUCCAGUACCAGUUCAAGGACGACCCCAGUGUCCUGUACUUCAGUGUGCACAGGUAUGAGGAGGGGUCUUUCUGGCCUCACCUGUCGGAGUCUGACAGUCAGUUUGUCGGCAGCGGACGAGCUGAAGGCAGAAACAUCAACCUGCCCUGGAACAAGACGGGGAUGACAGACGCUGAUUACAUCGCAGCUUUUCAACAACUGCUGCUGCCCGUAGCCUACGAGUUUCAGCCUCAGCUGGUCCUGGUCUCUGCUGGAUUUGAUGCUGCCGUCGGAGAUGAGAAGGGCGGGAUGUGUGUGAAUCCUCAGUGUUUCCACGUUCUGACUCACAUGCUGAUGAGUUUGGCAGAAGGUCGACUUGUUCUCGCUCUCGAGGGGGGUUAUGACCUGCAGUCGACAGCAGAGGGCGCUGCAGCGUGUGUCAGAGCUCUGCUGGGAGGAGCCUGCCCUUUCCUGACUCCGCCCUAUGCUCCGUCUGACAGUGCUCUGCAGUCCAUCUCUCAGACGGUCUCAGCUCUGUAUCCCCACUGGGCCUCACUGCAAACACUCGAAGGCAGCCGAUUGGCUGAGGGGCAUGUCAUCAGAGCAACAGCCAAUGAGAAAAGCACAAAGCACACUGACCCGCCUCCCUCUGUUGCCAGGACAACAGGUCUGGUUUAUGAUGAGAAGAUGAUGGAGCACCUGAACCUGUGGGACAGACAUCACCCUGAACAGCCUCAGAGGAUCUUUAAAAUCUUCUCCAAACAUCAGCAGCUGGGAUUGGUUGGUCGUUGCAAACGGAUACCAGUUCGCCUAGCAACAGAGGAGGAGCUCUCCACCUGUCACAGUGUGCAGCACAUCGAGCAGAUGAAGGCCACAGCAGAGAUGAAGCCCAGAGAUCUGCACAAACUGGGUCUGGAGUUUAACUCCAUCUUCAUCAACAACCAGAGCUACCAGUGCGCUCUGCUGGCUGCAGGAGGCUGCUUCAGCGCUGUGGAGAGGAUCCUCUCAGGAGAGGUGAGUAACGGCGUGGCGAUCGUCCGUCCUCCCGGUCAUCACGCAGAGAAAGACUCUCCGUGUGGUUUCUGUUUCUUCAACACGGCAGCCGUCACAGCUCGCCACGCACAGAAAAUAUCCCAUGAUGCACCGCUGCGAGUCCUCAUCCUGGACUGGGACGUUCACCACGGCAACGGGACGCAGCAUAUGUUCGAGGACGACGACAGCGUCCUGUACAUCUCGCUCCAUCGCUAUGACAACGGAUCGUUCUUCCCGUCCUCAUUGGACGCCGCCCCGGACAGGGUGGGCGUGUCUAAAGGGGCGGGGUUUAACGUCAACGUGGCGUGGAGCGGCGGGCGGAUGGGCGACUCCGACUACCUCGCUGCCUUUCACAGCGUCAUCAUGCCGAUCGCCACCGAGUUUAACCCCGGUCUGGUUCUGGUGUCGGCCGGGUUCGAUGCCGCUCGAGGGGAUCCACUGGGGGGGUACAAUAUGACGCCGGAGGGAUACGCCCACCUGACUCACCUGCUGAUGUCACUGGCUGGGGGGCGGGUCCUACAUAUACUGGAGGGAGGUUAUAACCUGUCAUCCAUCUCUGACUCCAUGGCGAUGUGCACAAGCGUGUUGCUAGGAGACCCUCCUCCCUCUUUGGCGACGCCCCUCCCCCCUCCUCAUCACAACGCCGUGGCAACGAUCAACGAGGUCAUCCGACACCACGCCCCCUACUGGAAGUCGCUACGGAUACGCAUCCCAGAGUCUGUCCGGGUGUCUCUGCCUUCCCCAAAGCAUCGUGGGAAACGUAUUUUUAAAGGAAAAGGCAAGAAGUCAGAGCAAGGCAGCACAAACAAACCCCCUCUGCCCCCUUCAGAAUCGGAGAAAACAACGUCCAAUCAGACGGAGUGUGGUCUGGAGCAGCUCACGCAGGGAUUGGCCGGUUUGGAUAUCAGUCAAACUUCAGCCAAUCACACUCCUGCUAAAUCCACAGAAGUGGGCGGGGCCAGGCCGAAGGUACGCCAAAGCCCGGAGAAGGUGGAGUCAUCUGCAGUGACACCUGAGAACAGCCAAUCAGCUGACAGUACACAACCUCAGGAUGUUGCCGUGGCAGCUCCAGAGUCAGUUGCCCCUGGAGACAAGCCUGCCAGUGAAGCAGGGGCGGGACCGGAGGAGGACGGAGCGUGUGGCUGGUCGAAGCCUCAGACCUCUCUGGAGCUGACGUGUGGAGGACAGGCGAAUACCCCUCUCUACGUGGUGGACCCUCUCUCCUGGUGUCCUCACCUGGACGUCGUUAAGCCCCUCCCCCCGGCAGGUAUCGACAUCUUCCAGUCGUGUAAGGACUGUGGCUCCGAGGCUGAGAACUGGAUCUGUCUCACCUGCUACCAGGUGUUCUGCGGUCGUUAUGUUAACGAGCACAUGGUGACUCACGGCGUUGUGUCUGAACACCCGAUGGUGCUGAGCUUCUGUGACCUGUCUGUGUGGUGCUACCUGUGUGAGGCCUACGUGCACAACCAGAUUCUGUUUGAAGCUAAGAACUCAGCGCACUGCGCCAAAUUUGGAGAGGAGAUUCCUCCAUGGAGCUGAGAGGAAGACGAGGAGGUGAAGGAGAAUGGGAGGACAUGAUGAAGAGGAGAUUUAGGUGGAGAUGAAGAUAAGGAUGCAGGUGUAAAAAGUGACCUCAAACACAGUGUGUCAAAGCUGCCAAAAAACAAACACAUGAAGAAGUGAUGUUUUAUAUUUUUUAACUGCAGAUCGGUGCUCAUUAUCAUCUUCAGCACAAAGUUUAUCCAACAAAAAAGAGACAGCAGAGGAAGAAGAGUGGUGAUGAUUUCAGAAAGAGGCCACGCCCACAAACAGUGACUCAAUAACGUGAAAUCUGCAGUUUUAUUUUUUUUAGACUUUUUGCAUGUAUUUGGUAUUCUUUCAUAACACACUUGAAAGAUGUUAGUUUUGAUUAAUUACUUCCAAACUCUCAUUACUUCCUGCAAUAUAUCUGCCUUUAAAAGAUGCCACAAAUGGCCGAUAACGAUCGAUGUCUUGCUCACUUUACUUUAUUUUUAAAAUAAUGUAUUACUUUGUAUAGUGUCAGAAAAUACCUAAACCAAGUUGGUUUGUUUUGCAAACAGGUUGCCAUGUUUUCUUGCUCCAAAUAGGGAAAACAACUUUAAAAGAGAUUAGGUAAAAAGAUCAUGUUCUGGGAAGAGAAACGGAGAAAAAAAAAGGAAAGGGAUGAUUAUUUCAACCAGAAAGAAAAUAAAUGGAUGAAAAUUCUGAUAAUUCAACGUAUAAUCUGCACUUUUUAAUUUAAUUAUUUUACUGUUUCUUUAUAUCACACAGUCUGACGGUAUUAGAGCAUUACCUCACGUCAGAAGUGUUUGAUUUUCACACCUGUUAAAUAUGUUAUUGUUGGAAACAAAGUUAUGCAUCUUUAAACUUUAACAUUUAAGUUUGUAGCUGCACACUCUAGAGUUUUAUAUGAACGUUUCCGCUUUAGUUUGACAAGUCUGAACAUUUGGUGUUUCUGUCGGUAAAUUAAGCUUCUGUGUUUGAAUGUGUUUUCUCUUUAAAGCUGAGCAAAUGUGAACAAACAAUGAAACAAACCAGUUUCUGCAUCUGAGGAGCGUUUGAUUUAAAGACUGAAGGUGGUGGUCAGUGUUAGGGUGGAGUUAAGAGUGUGUGUGUGUGUGUGUGUGUGUGUGUGUGUGUGUGUGUGUGUGUGUGUGUGUGUGUGUGUGUGUGUGUGUGUGUGUG